AGGUGGCUGCACAAAAAUUACCAGCAGGUUCUGGCCCUGAUGUUUGCUGUGGAGGAGAUCAACAGAGACCCCUGGCUGCUCCCUAAUACUACCCUGGGUUUUCACAUCUACAAUACGUACCACAGUGAUGCCAGGACCUUGAAGAGCUCCCUGAGGUGGCUUUCAGGACAUGGCCAGACCACCCCAGAUUAUAGUUGUGGGAGGCAAGACAGGUCCAUGGCUAUUAUUGGAGGAGCCACAUCUGCUCUUUCUGUCCAGGGGACCCUUCUGGAGCUCUACAGAUUCCCACAGUUAAGCUAUGGUCCAUUUGAUGCUGCACUGAGUGACAAGACUCAGUUUCCUUCCCUCUACCAGAUGGCCCCUCAGGACUCCUCAAUGUAUCUGGGCAUUUCUCAACUACUGUUACAUUUCGACUGGACUUGGGUGGGGCUUGUUGUCCCAGAUGACAUGAGAGGUGAGAAGUUCCUCUGGAACAUGGGAGAAGAGAUGAAAAAGAACAAAGCCUGCGUGGCCUUCACAGAGAAGAUCCCUGUCAGUGAAAGACGCCAUGCUGAACCUCAGGUAGAUUUCAUGCCCAGAAUUUUGGCAUCAUCAGCCAAGGUGAUCAUCAUCCAUGGGGAUACAGAUUCACUGAUGAUCCUCAGAUAUUCACAGCCACAUGUACUUUUCCUUUGGAAGGUUUGGAUUAUCACAUCACACUGGGAUGUCACCAUAAGACCUUACAAUCAUGAUGGUGACGCUUUUCAUGGAGCGCUCAUAUUUUCACAUCAGACGAGUGAGAUUCCUGGUUUCAAAGCCUUUCUCAGGACAGUCACCCCAAACAAAUACCCAGGAGACAUUUUCCUUAAGAGUUUCUGGGUCUCAGCAUUUGAGUGUCCAGAUGAGCCAACCAGACUGGAGCAAGAGGACUGUUCAUUGAAUGCUUCCUUGGAGAUGCUGCCUUUGCACUAUUUUGACAUGACCAUGUCUAGCCUCAGUUACUUCCUCUACAAUGCUGUGUAUGCUGUGGCCUUGGCUCUUCAUGAAAUGCUCCAUGCCAGUUCGGAAAUUGGAUCUAUGAGACAUGAGGGGGACCUGGUGCCUCAGACCUGGCAGCUUCACUCAUCUCUGAGGAAUGUUUGCUUUAACAACACUGCUGGGGACCAGGUGGUUCUGGAUGAGGAAAAGAAUCCUGUGGAUAAAUAUGAUAUUAUGAACUUUGGGCUGCUGCCUAAUUAUGAUGAGGUUCUGGUGAAAGUGGGGCAGUUUGUCCCCCAGGCUCCACUUGGUCAAGAUUUCAUCAUUUGUGAGAAGGAGAUCUAUCACAACUGGGUUGAUCUGAAGACUCUCCGGGCUGUAUGCACUGAGCACUGUGUCGCUGGAUUUAGGAAAAUUGCCCGGGAGGAAGAGCCUGUCUGCUGCUUUGACUGUGCCCAGUGCUCAGAGGGAGAGAUUUCCAACCAGAAGGAUAUGGACAAUUGUAUGAAGUGCCCAGAAGAUCAAUAUUCAAACAGAAAGAAAGAUCACUGCCUUCCUAAAGUAGUGACUUUCCUCGAAGUUGAAGAGCCUUUGGGAUGGACUCUGACCUGCAUGGCUCUCUCCCUCUCUCUCCUCACAGUUCUGAUCCUCAUUAUCUUUGUGAAGCAUCAAGAUACUCCCAUCGUCAAGGCCAACAACCGGGUUCUCAGCUACCUUCUUCUCAUCUCUCUCAUCUUUUGCUUCCUCUCUUCUUUGCUUUUCAUUGGCCGCCCUAACACAGCAACCUGCCUUCUUCAGCAAACAACAUUUGGAGUCAUAUUCACAGUGGUAAUUUCCUCUAUUUUAGCCAAAACCAUCAUGGUGUUUCUGGCUUUUAAGGCCACAAGACCAGGCAGCCGGAUGAGGAUGUGGGUGCAGCCUAAGAUGUUCAAUUCUCUAGUUUUCCUCUGCUCUGUGAUCCAAGUGAUUCUCUGUGGAAUCUGGCUGGGGACCUCACCUCCCUUCUUAGGUAUAGACACUGACUCUGAGCCUGGCCACAUCAUCGAGUGCAACGAGGGCUCUGCAAUUGCCUUCUACUGUGUCCUGGGUUACGUUGGCAUCCUAGGCAUGGACAGCUUCAUGGUGGCUUUCUUGGUCAGGAACCUUCCUGACACCUUUAAUGAAGCCAAGUUCAUCACCUUUAGCAUGCUGGUUUUCUGCAGUGUGUGCGUCUCUUUCCUCUCCACAUACCAGAGUUCCAAGGGGAAGGCCAUGGUGGCCAUGAAGGUCUUCGCCAUCUUGGCCUCCAGUGCUGGAUUACUGGGUUGCAUCUUUAUUCCCAAGUGCUAUGUGAUCCUGCUAAGACCAGAAAGGAACACAAUAGAAAGGUUAAGGCAUAAAGCAGAUUCUAGAGCCAGGAUCUUUGCUCCAGAGGCUCUUCCAGGGGCAUGA